AUGUAAAGAAGCUAAUCAUUUUCAGAAAUCAAGGCAUUAAAUAAUUGCAUUCCCAUUGAAUUUUUUGAACAAAAAGGUCCUCAUUACUAUGAAAAUCAAUUUUAAUAAUUUUAAACUAUAUUCCAAUAGAGUUUUGCUUUACAUACAAGAUUAUGCUAAACUCCAUUAUAAAAAUAUUAAAAUUAUGAUUUGGGGAAUACUGUGAUCAAAUAGGGAAUGGUCUAAUUAAAGAUUAAUAGUGGGAGUUUCACUAAAACCAAUAUACUAUUGACAAGAGAGAAAUUAGUGAUUCUUGAGGAUAAGCAAUGGAGUUAAGUUUACAAUCUUAGAUACUUGGCCUUUAAUUUGAUAUAGGUAUGAUAUCCUAUUGUAUCACAACAAGUGUACAAAGAAUCAAUACAAAUUGUUUAAGUUGGAAUUUAAGCUAUAUAAGAAAAUUAUAAUAUUUAAAUGUAAUGAUGAUAUAGAGGGAAAGCUAUGGUUUUAGAGUAUUAGAAUGAUUGAGGAGAAGUUUUUCAAUGAGAUAGAGAAAUUGUAGGUGAAGGAAUUGUAUUUUGGGUUGGAUUUUGUUAGAGAAGAGGAAUUCUUAAAUUGGGCAGAAACAGGAGAUAUUUUAUUAUUCGAGUAAAUAUUAUAUAAUAAAAUGAAAGAACAGAUCAUUAUAUGGCUAAAUUAUAAAGAGGGAUUACAGGAUCUAAGUUUGAUCAUGUAGGAAUGAUUGUAAGAGAGAAAUAUUAAAAUGAUAUAUUGGUUUUUGAUGUAAAAAAUUAAUCAGUAAAUUGAAUAUUUAAUAAAUAGGGUGUUGAUUUAGAGUUUUGGAAAUAUUUUUUGAAAUAGAAUAAUCUAUAUAGAAAAGUUGCUGUUAGAAAAUUACUAAAUGUUGAUAGGGAAAAAGUAAAUUCGAAAUUUCUGGAAUUUAUUGAUGUAUAAUUAAAAAUUACAAGAAAGUUAAAGAUUAAGAUUAUGAAAUUAACAUUAUGAAGUUACUACAAUAGUAAAGUGAUGGACUUAUCAAUAAAGGAUAUUUUUGUAGUGAGUUAAUUGCAAAAGCAUAUAAAUAUUGUGAUUUGUUACCUCAAUAAAAAGCAAGUUCAUCAUAUUGGCCAGUCACCUUCUAAAAAUCAUUGAAACUGUUAGAUAAAGCCCAGUUGAGUGAGCCAAUAAUUAUUUUGUUGGAUUAUGAUAUACAUUAUUAAUUAUGAAUUAAAGUAAUUAAAAUAUAGUGAAUAGACAUGGAUUUCAGUGUAAAACAGGAAUAAAUUAUUAUCAAAUUGGAGUUGCAAUUCUAUACAUAGGACAUUACAUAAUAAUCUUAUUUCAAACCUUAGAUUAUGUAAAAAUAUAAAUUCAAAGUUUUAUAAGAAUCAACUUUGGAUUUUGGUUACGAUUUUCUCAUUUAUUAUCUCGUUAUUUUGGUUUAUUACAACAAAAAUAGAUCCUACAGAUAGAGAAAUAUACAUUUAGUAGAAACUAAAAGAAAAGAAGUAAUUAAAGAUAAUUAAUUUGAUAGAGUAAAAUAUGAAACUAAAUUGAAUUGUUUUUGUAAAGUAUGUUAAGCAUAUGUAAAAGCACCAUCUAAACAUUGUAAAUAAUGCAAUAGGUGUACGGAACUUUUUGAUCAUCAUUGUGUAUGGUUAAAUAAUUGCAUUGGGUUAAGAAAUUAUAAAUAUUUUUUUAUAUUAAUAGUACUUUUAGAAAUUUAUUUAAUUACUGUACUGAUUAUUUCAAUAUUUAUUAAUAAGAUACUAAGCUAUAUAUACAUGGGACUCACUAUUAUUUUAAUAAUUCCUGUCACAUUUUUACUAGUCAUGCAUAUCUACUUUAAAUACAAAAAUAUGACAACUUAUGAUUAUGUAUUAAGUAAAAGGAAAAAAGAAUAGAAAUCUUCUUAAGAAAAGUUAUAAGAAGGUACAUCAAAUCAAACUAAUCUACAAACUAACAUUAUUUCUAGAAAUUAUUUAUAAUAAACUAAUAUAAAUGUUUAGAUUGCUCCUCCAAAACCUAAUUUAAUUAAAAAAGUAAUUGAUUGGGAUUAAGAAGAAGCAGAUGUAGAAGAAGGAGAUAGUUAUCAUGCAAAAGAACCAUUACCAUUACCUAGUUCCAAAAGUAGUGCAAGAUAAAUGGAUUCUUAAUUCAAUUCUGGUCAUAGAAGAACUUGUCCUAAUACUUAAAGGUAAUUUAAUUUAUUAAUUUAUUUAUAGAGGUAAUGUAUCAACAAUUCAAUUAACUGAACAUAAACCAAUUAGAUCUUUGUUUAAUGUUAAAGAUUUUUAAUAAAUGAUUGAAAAUUAAUUAAUGAAUAAUGUAAAUGAAGGUUCUAUCAUUUAAUUUGAUUCAAAACAUUCAUAAAAGACUGAUUAGAUUGAAAUCAAUAUAUGA